CUGAGGAGGGGCAUUGCAAAGGUGGUUUUAAGGUGCUGUGCAGUCAGAUCAUUUGGGUGCAGGGGAGUAGAAAACAACCUGCCCCCUCCCCACUAUCCAAGGUCGGAAGUGCUACAGUAAUUCUAUGCUACUUGAGCUUCAGUCCAAGCAGGCAAAAUAUCUGAAGGAUUAGUGCCCUGGCUUUAGGGUUGCUUUGUGCUAGCAGUUUGAUAUAAAGCUGCCCUAACACAGCCUAGGAUCUGGCCUAUUAUUUGUAAGUUCACUGAGAUCGCAGUAACCCCAAAUUCCUAGUUUGAGUUGGUCCCUUGAACAUUUUACCCAAAAGUUCCUAACUGCUAUCUUAUUCUACGUGUUUGUUUACUCUUUUCAUGACAGUUUUUUCCUUAUUAAAUAAAACAGCAACUAUCUGUCCAUCAAUUGGCUGGUUUCUCAAGAGUGUUUUACAGAGAGACUCUUGGACAGAUUUGAGGGAGGAGAAGAUGGUGGCUUUACAUAUCAGUUUUGGGAAGGUGCUCCCCCAAGUAAAGGGCAACAUGGAAGAAGGUGCAGAGAUGUUAUGGUCAAAUUCUUUAUUUUUCCAAAUUCAUAGGGUGUCCCAUAUGAAUCUUUUACCAUUGUAAAAAUAUACAGCGAGGAGGAAACACCUCACAACGGAGUCAUUCUUCUGUCAUCCCUGGCAGAAUCCUGCAGUUUGCAAAGUCUGCUGAAUAAUGCAGAAAUCUUCAUUAUAAUACAUUGUCUCUGCCUGAGCUAUUUAAAAAGAAGGUGAAAACCUUGCUAUCCCUUUUAUCAUACUGUCUUAAAACUUUCAAAACAACUAUUGCGUCAUCCCACUCUCCACUCUUUUAGAAUGAGAAUAAGCACAAGUCCUUUAACCUUUCCUUAAUUAGAUUCUUCAUCAAAGGUCUAGUUCUAAACAACACAAUCAUCUACGCUGGGAUAUCUAGUGGCAAUAUGGUUACCCUUUGAUGUGGUUAAAUCAUAAUUCCAUUUGGCAGUGAGAUGGGUCUAACUGCCUGUUAACUGUGACCUUCAAAUCAUUCUAAUGCUACCUGUCAGAAAACAGCUAUCCUGUAACCAGGGCUGCAAGCAUGGUGUGGAUUUACUGUGGAUCAAUAUACGACAUCCAGUCUUCCUCAAAAUAGCUUUUAUAGUCGAAAAAGAGAGCAGCUACAGCUGUGAACCAGCAUUUCAGCUGCGAUUGAAAACAGCCAACUAGAAUUCAGCUGCAGCUGGCCAAUGACAGAACCUCUGGGUUGAAUUGUAAAACAGCCAAUCCGGAUCAGUGUUUCAUUUGGCUAGUAAGAAGAGAUGUCAUGCUGCAUUCCUGGCUGUUAGUGCCAAUUAUGCUCGGCUGGUCUCGUGAUGUCCUUUCAGUAGAAGCAAACUGUAACCCAGAAAUGUGUGCACAGAUCAGACACCUGCAGCAGCCCUAAAAUCUGCAGCACAGCUCCUAGAAUAGCAACAGCCAGGAGCAGAAACACUGGAGCAAGUGGUAUUGCAGAGAGGAUUCGCCACCACGUCUGUUGGGGGUAUUGUUUUCUGCUAUUGCUGAUGUCCUUUCAAUGGCAGUUCCACCAGGAAGAUAAUUUUUGUGCACCUGGCUUUUGGUUGUAUUUUCCUGGAUUAUCGUUUGACUGAGGACUCGGCUCUUUCAUCCCCUCUUCCCCGUAGCUCUUUGCGUGCAGAUGCACUGGAGAAAGUUGAUUUGUAAAAUGUCUUUUAAUGAAGAGAGAGGCUCCCGGAGAGCAGUAGAACAAUGGUUAUGAAACUGUAGGUUUUAUUUGCCUUUUUUCUGUUAAGCAUGGCGUGGAUUUGUGAAUGCGAAGGAUCUUGAGGGUUUUUUUGCCUUCCAUCUUUUACGUGCCUUAGUGCAACUCAAGUAACUUACUAACAUUUUCUAUUAAACCAUAUAAUACUUUGGCAGCCCUUUGAUAGUUUGUGGUUCCCUCGUAACAAUCUAUACAGCAGGAGGUAAAGGUGGAAUCCUGGUAUUAGAGAGAGGUACGAUUUGCACGAUCUUUAGUUUCUGUGGUUCUGACACGGCCAUGCUAGCACUGAUGCUCUCAGCACCUUUCAGGAUGGGGUCCCAGUGAGAAAUAUAAGCAAUAUGAAGAAAGACCUGACUGGCUGAAAGAAGAAUGACUCCGUUGUGAGGGAUUCUGUACCAAUGUGGAGACCAUAUGAACCUCUGAUUGGACCCCACCAUUUCCUGUUGUAUGAAGGAGGGUGCUUUGCCCCUGGGGAACAACUUCUGUAGGCUGACAUGGCAAUGAUGAGAUCCGACUUGGGCAUUAUGAAGAUCCUUCACUUGAAGAAGAGAGGCUGUUUUCUGCUGAAGCUUUUGUGUCUGGUUGCCUUGGUGUUAAUCUUUUGUGAAUUCUUAGUUUAUUAUGUGGUGAUAUUUCAGUGUCAUUGGCCAGAAGUUAAAAUAGAAGCUCACAGGAGCAGCAAACAGUCUUCGGCUUCUGUCUUGAAGGCCAUGUUUUUAUCUGAUACCCACCUGCUUGGUGAAAUCAAAGGGCAUUGGCUAGACAAAUUAAGAAGGGAAUGUCAAAUGGAGAGAGCCUUCCAAACUGCCUUGUCAUUACUGGAGCCAGAUAUUGUUUUCAUCCUAGGAGACAUCUUUGAUGAAGGAAAGUGGAGCUCCUCCCAGGCCUGGGCAGAUGAUGUCAGGCGGUUUCAGAAAAUGUUCCGACAUCCAGUUCGCACUGAGCUAAUGGUUGUUGUUGGCAACCAUGACAUUGGCUUUCACUACGAAAUGACCACUUACAAGUUAAAACGGUUUGCAAAAGUUUUCAACUUCACCUCAGGAAAGCUAAUAACCCGGAAGGGGGUAAAUUUUGUCAUGGUGAACAGUGUUGCCCUGGAUGGUGAUGGGUGCAGUGUCUGCAGCAGGGCAGAGGCAAAGCUCAUGAAGCUUUCUCAUAAACUGAAUUGCUCCCAACAGCAGGAACAGAAUCAUUCCAACAAAAGAUGCAGUGGUGUGGAACAGCUUCCAGCUUCAGAACCAAUCCUUUUACAGCAUUACCCUCUUUACAGAAGAAGUGACGCUGAAUGUACCGGAGAAGAUUCUGCUCUUCCAGAGGAAAAGAACAUCCCAUUUAAAGAAAAGUAUGACGUACUGUCUAGAGAGGCUUCACAAAAGCUGUUAUGGUGGUUUCAUCCCCGUUUGAUUCUGAGUGGCCAUACCCACAGUGCAUGUGAAGUGUUGCAUAAUGGGAAGAUUCCAGAAAUCAGUGUCCCAUCAUUUAGUUGGAGGAACAGAAACAACCCUAGUUUCAUCAUGGGCAGCAUAACACCAACCGACUUCUCCCUCUACAAGUGUUUCCUUCCACUUGAGAGCAGAGUUGUUACUAUAUACUGUAUAGCAGGGGCUCUACUUGGGGUACUGAUACUAGCUCAUCUUCAACUUCUCAAUCCACCUUUUUAUUUUGCUCAGCACUUAAUCAGGAAGCAUAAAGCAGUAUGAAGAGCCAGACAUCUGCAUUCAGUUACUGAAAUACCAAAGCUGAGAACAGUCAAACAUCAGACUAUAUUCAUGCCAGCAAAUUACCUAAUUGGAUUGUUAAUCCGAAGGCAGGUCGCAUUUACACAUACCAUAGAAAUCCUACACAGUUGAUAUGACUACUACAGGAUAAAUAAUUAACUGAAAUGAACUGUUUUCAUGCUGUACAAAAAUACAGUAUUCUACAAUCAAAUGAGUCCAUUUCCUUGCUAUAAUUUUUGUAUCAAAUAUGUAUACUAAAAGGUUGUAACUGUACAUUAUGUAAAUCCUACAGCCUCUGCACUAGAAUGUCCUACCUGGGAGGAGGCAUAGUCUUUCAAGCUGGAACCGUCACUGUAUGUUUUAUUGCUACAUGCCCUUCUAAUGUGAUACUUCUGUUUCUUAAUGUCAGCAGGAGAUAGAUGCAUCAGUGGAUUUCCUUAGCAUUCCUAAGCUGUCACACACAAAAAACUGUUGUUUGGGAGAAAUCCCUGCUGCGUUAGUAGUUGUAGAUUGUAAUCCCCUGUCUGCCAGACCAUCUUUCCACCCCUCCAGGGUCUACUUGCCAAAACACUUCAGCCCUUCCAAAAAUUUGGGUGGACCCUCUCAAGCUGCUCUUUUUAAUAAAAUGUGCUAUGAUAAUCUUAAACUACAGGGCCCUAUUGCACCCUAUAGGUCAAUGUGGAGAGGUUUUCCCCAACAAAGGAGGUCAGAUACUGCUGCAGUAACAUUUUCCCAUAGCUUUAUGGUGGAGGACCAGGUGCAUGUUAUGCCCCUGGAGGAUUCCAAAAGAAUGUUAACAAAACUUGGUUAUAUUAAUGCAGAGCCAGCUUUGGGCUGUAAUGUCAACCGUAAUGGAGUUUUGGGGAUUGCUUUGUAGGGGAAAGCUGUAGCAGCAGAGCUCCAUUGGAGCCACAGCAAUCCUCAGAGCUGGCGUAGUUGAGGCUCUCCGCCUCUGGGUGGCUAGAUUGCAAAAAUCUAGAAGCCAGAAUCCCUGCUGCUUUAUGGGGACAGGAUAGACAAAUACAAUUACAAGAAAAACCAUAAGGAAUUUCCACAGCAGGAACCAGUUUGCCUUUUGGUGCUCCUGCAGAGACGGGGGUUUUUAUUCUAUAGGGCUGGUUUGUUUUGCCUACUUUACCUUUCAAGUGGGAAUGAGUAAUAAAAGAAAGUUUGCAUGUUUCUAAAAUAAUUUUGGAAGGGGAGGUGUGAGAAUCUAUGCAUAACCGGCAGUGGUAGAUUUAGGGAAUUAUACCUAUUACUAGCUAACCCCUGCCUUUCACUUUCUAGGAAAUACAUAACUGAAUUGCAAAUAUAGAAAUAUCAAGACUAUACAUCCUACUAGCAAUUUCACUUGGAAGGAUAAUCUUACAAAGAUACCAUACUGUCUCUAAAAUUAUCCUAUUUUAAAAUAAAAUUACUAAAUUUCUCUAAUUUAAUUUUAAGUAAAAGAGGACUGGGUUUAUAAAUAGCAUGAAUCAUGGCUGUAUUAUAAAAAUCUGAUUCAUAUUGUGUUCCUGAAAACAACAAUUCAGAUCUUAAUUUGUCCCUAAAAUUUAAAACAAAGAUGGAGAUAGUCCAAGGAGUGAUUAAACAAUCUAUGAAGUAAUGUAGGCUAACACUUCUCUAGGUUUCUGUUAUUGCAACUGUAAUUUUAGACAUUUGUACAGGUUAUCUUGGACACAGGAAAAGUAUAUACUCACAGAGACAUAAAACACCUAUGUAUAAAAUAUAAAGCAAUGUUAUAGUUACUAAAAAGGACAUGCCUUAUUGCUACAGCAAUUCUUGCUUUUUAUAUAUUGUACUGUACCACAACUUGUUUUGAGAAUGUCAUUUGCAUAAAUUAUUCAAGUUUGAGAAAUAUUCACACAGUUGAUUCUACAAUAUUUAAAAUAAAACAAUUUUCUAAUGUCUCUUUAUUAAAAGAGAAAUAAAAAUGUCAUCUUGUAAUUCUCUUAGGCCAGACACAAGGGUUUAUACCUCCUCUCCCCACCACCCCCCUUCUUGCUAUUUACUUGCACAAUGAAAGCUGCUGUUGGUACAAAGAUUGACGAGCUCUAUAUAAUGGUGCUUUACACAUUCACAAUCGGCCUGUGCAAUUGUGACGUACUAUGAAUGACCAAAGAAUUACUAAACAUAUUUCUAAAGUUAAAGGAAAAAAAUCCUUGAUUCCCAUUAAAACAACACCAGGUUGCAAUUUGGACACUUGAAUGAAUUCCAAUGUUUUAAAGCUGAGAUUUCAAAAGAGAAAGGCAUGUUGCUGCAACAUCCGGUGACUGUAAUACCUUACUUGAAAAGGUAAGUGGUUAAUUUGCAUAAUUUAUAUUUUUUAUACUAAAGAGCAUUGUUUUUAUAUAAACCAGAAAAAAAUCCCUAAACUCUACAGAUAAAGUUCUUACCUUCAGUCUCUGCUGCAGGUAAGGUUGACAUCAAGCUGUACAGCGCAAUCAAAAACAUACUUACAUCUUAGCUCAUUUUACAGGUACAGCCAUAAUCAAGGCACAAAGAUCUUCUACAAGUAUUUUUCUUCAAUAAAGUUGUACAAAAUAAUAUUACAUUUUACAGUCUGUACAAUAUAAUAAACCAGCAGUAAAACAAAAAAAAAUAUAUAUAGGGAGAGGACUGUUGUCCAAGAAUGAUCUAAACUAAACGGAUCAUUUGUGGACAGCACAAAUAACGUAAGUGAGGGUGGUACAUUUUCUGCCUAGAUGCAACAGGCUGAAAAAGUAGCUAUAAUUCAAAUGCCUGAGGUGUGUAGAGGCACUUAGCCCCAAAACCCCAGAAAAAUUGCUUAUCUUCACCAUGCCUCUCAUUAUCUACUCUACUUCCUGUGCCAGUAACGGCUUAAAAGAGGAGGUCACUUUAUCAGUUGACCUGCAACUCAGUAAUGCUAAAAACUGUGACAGAGUAAUAAAUAUUGUGGUGCUGCUACAUUGUGUGUAUACUUCCUCAACAGUAUUUAAUAACCUGAUACAAAGUGCAUUAUUCUUUUAUCAACCAUCAAGUACUCUUAAUAUCAUGUUAAAAAAGGGACCCACACAAGGUUAGGUAUGACUUUAGUGUCAUCCAGCUGACAUACUAGUUUGAACUAACAUAACCUGCUGGAAAAAAUUUAGCAGGUUAUGUUCAAUUAGCAAAAACAAAACCCCAAAAACAAAACACACCUCUAAAGCAACAGAGGUAGCCAAAGGGCUUAGUGGAAUGACAAAGAAGUGGCAUAUCAAAAUAAAGCACACAAAUAAUCCCAAAAAGCAUGGCGGAAAAGAAACCCAAACUUGCUGCAAACCAGCUCAAAGGCUAAAUAAUUAAGGUAAACAACCUGAAAAGACUGACAUUUCUGUAGUACUUUCUUCCACCCUGUGUGGCAUAGUAUAGAGAGAGAGCAAGAGAGUAAGGAGCUAAGUAUUUAAAACCACAGGCUCCACGGUGAUC